CUGCCAGCCUUGGGCAGGGUGGGGGGGGGUUGACUGCAGUCGGGCCCGGCUGCCAGCAGGGGCACUGCUCUGUGCUGCGCUCUGCCAGCUCCGCCCAAGGCCUCCCAGGCCUGGCCCCCACCUCCCGGUCCAGGCAUGGAGGGCGCUGCGCGGGUCCUGGUGCAUCUGUCCCGGGGUGGUGCCCGGCCCCAACGGGCCGCCUUCCUACAGAGCGUCACUGGGCACUUUUGUGCCCCGCACGAAGACACGGCCCUGGUCAGUGCCGGGCUGGACUGCGGCCGCCUCGUCCUCGCUGACCACAGCUUCCCGGGCUCCACCAGCGUCCUCCUGCAGCGCCCACCCUUCUGCCCCAUGAAGCUCCUGGCCGAGCCACAGACGGCCACGCUGCCCGCUGAGCUGCGGGGCCGUGGUGUGGAUGUGGGGGUAGCCGUGCUGCUGCAGACUAGCGACAGGCGGGUCCUGCUGACACGGAGGGCGCCUGGCCUCAGCAUCUUCCCCAACAUCUGGGUCCCGCCAGGUGGGCACGUGGAGCCAGACGAACAGGCUCUGGUGGGACUAUCUCAGACCAUGAUCUUUGCCUGUUUGUGGUCUCGGGUGCAGCUGCUGGAAGUGGGACUACGCGAGCUGCAGGAGGAGACAGGCUUGCGGCUGGAGCCGGGUGCAGUGUCCUGGAGGAUGCUGGGCCUGUGGGAGGUAACACUGGAGCAGGGGUGGUGGGUGUCGGGCUCAAAAGGGACCUACAAACCGGGGCUGUCUCAGCCAGCACCAGGCACACCGUGGGGGGCCUGCCUCUCCCUGGCUGAGCCGAGCCGAGCCACAGGCAGCAGCCCUGUGCAGGUCCCGGCUGCCUCCCGCUCCCACACUCCAUCCCCGCAGUCCGUGUUCCCGCCUCGGCUGAGCCGGGGGCUGCCUUGCCGCCACCACAUCGUAGCCUACUUGCUGCUGCUGGCCAAGGAGACCCAUCAGCAGCUGGAGGCAAGGAUGCAGCCUGAUGAGAGCGAGGUAAGCGCCUAUGCCUGGCUGGAGCCCCCAGUCCUGGAGUCCAUCGUGGCAGCUGGGGAUGUGGCAGAGAGCUUGGGGCAGGUGCCCAGCCACCUCCCAGCUACUGUCAGGGUGACGGAGCUGAGUGGGGGCCAGGCGCAGGCCACGGAGCUGCCAACUGCCACGCUGCUGAACACAGCGCCAGCCCACGGCGAGGAUGUGGAGCGGGUCAGCACUGGCACCAAGUUCGCCCUGCAGCUAUGGCUGGACACCACAGCUAAGUAGCAAAGCCCUAGGUCCUCGUCCUCCUAGGGCUGAAGUCACGGCCUCAGCAAGGGGUUUGAGAGGAGCAUGGGCCCUGCUGGAGCCUGCGGGCUGGGCCACAGCAGGACCACUGCUGACUGCAGGGCAAAGCCCCCGCUGCACCCUAACGUAGAGAAUAAAGAUGCUGCCUCCUACACCAGUGAGUCUGUGUCCUGGGGCAGCAAGAAGGGGGUCUCCAGCAGACAAGCCGAGGUUUACCGCGGCUCUGACAGGAACGAAAGAACUUUGCCAAAGUCAGGUGAUUACCUCGGGGCAGUGACGAUGUGACGUAGCCGCCUUCACCUCUGAGCCCCCCUGCACAGGUACCUUGCCUUCAGCAAGGUGUGUAACCAGGAGACAGUGCCCCAAGUCCAAGGCUGGGGGUUCAGAACCUUCUUGCACUCAUGGGUGUUUGUGCCUCAGUUUUUCCAUCUGUAAAAUGGGCAGCACCUGCCCAUUCCCUGGCUAGGAGGUGAUCAACUUUGCUGAAUUCCAAGUGGGAUGCACACAAGGACGGGAGGCUUUUUCCCCCCCCACCCCAGAACUUUAUUUAAAAGGUAGUUUGCAUAUACAGGACUCUUCCGAGUAGAUAAACAGCUGGAUAUCAAACGGACAGAAUAAAUAAGCCACAGAGAGCCGUCUCUUUUCAAA